CCGCGGAGGCCGCGCGGGGGAGAAGGACCGGGACAGGCGUGAGGGCGGAAGGAAGGCGGGAAAACCUACGUCCGGCCCCUUCCGGCACGGAGAGCACUUCGCACCCCCGCGCUGGCGCCGACUUGGUCUCGUCCGCGGUUGCGGCCGGCUGACCUUUGCCCCAGCCCGCCCCGCCCCGCGGCGCUCUUCGUUCGGUCCAAGAUGGCGACGUCCGUGUGCGGCGGGCGGCGGGUGCUGGCCUGGAGCCGAGGGCUGCUUUGCGCCUGGCGCGUCCUGCACACGUCCGCGGUCUGCGCCAAGAACCGGGCGGCCCGGGUCCGAGUGGGCAAGGGGGACAAGCCCGUGACCUACGAGGAGGCGCACGCGCCGCACCACGUCGCGCACCGCAAGGGGUGGCAGUCGCUGCACACAGGUAACCUGGAUGGGGAGGACCAGGCUGCAGAGCGGACGGUGGAGGAUGUUUUCCUUCGAAAGUUCAUGCUGGGCACCUUCCCAGGCUGCCUGGCUGACCAGCUCAUUUUAAAGCGCAGGGCUAACCAGGUGCAGGUCUGUGCCAUGGUCCUGAGGCAGCUGCCUGCACACAAGUUCUACUUCCUCGUGGGCUACAGUGAAACUCUGCUGUCCCACUUUUAUAAGUGUCCUGUGCGCUUGCACCUCCAGACUGUUCCCUCAAAGGCUGUGUAUAAGUACAUCUAGGAUAACUGUCUUUUUUGCAUCCAGCUUUAGCAUGCAAAGGACAUAAAUGUCUGGGAAAGGAGUGAAGAGAUGGGGGAAACACAAACCCUCGGUGUCCUGAGGCUUUGUUUUCAAAGUUGCUGUUGAAUAAAUAGACUGUGUUGUCUU